UCUGUCACUGCAAUGGAGUACAAUAUGAUCUGAACCUCAGUGCCAUCGGAAGUUUAGAUGAAAAUCACUGGUUGUGAUGAUGGAGCCCAGCAGUUGUGCUGGCUCAGAGUUAGAACCUGCUCAGACAGUUUGUCGAGCUCAAGUCUCUGAAAACGCAGCAGUGAGAGUGAGGCUAGCUGGCAAUGUGUUCACAGUAGACAAAACCCUCCUGGAAGACAACUGCGAAUACUUCCGGGCGCUUUACCAAUCAGGAAUGAAGGAAUGCCAGCAGGAGGAAAUUUGCCUUCAGGUAGUGCGUGCCCGUGGCUUUCUUCUGGCUCUUCGGGUGAUUCAUGGCGAGAGGCCUAUCCUUGAUAGUGAUGAAAUUGUUGAAGCUGUAGAGUGUGCUGCUUUCCUUCAGGUGAAGCUUCUUGUUAAACAUCUUGUAAACAUAAUUAAUUCUGAUAACUGCCUCCUCAUUUAUCAUUCAGCUGCCACUUAUGGUUUAUGGGAACUGUUCAAAAGUGCAGCUUUGUUCAUUUGUGAUAUGUACCAAGACCUCAAGGAGGAUAUACAGUGUUUGCCAAAGGAACUUACUGAUUACAUUGAGUCUCUUAUUCCUAGUACAUAUGCUACCAUCGGGGCCCACUCACCCACCAUUAAGCUACUGCAGGACUUUAUGAGGACAGUGUGUUACCUUGAUGAGGAUAAGAAUGACUGGAAAGUUCUCACUCACCUACCACUCAACACUAGCACCACCAUGGCUGGGGUUACAGUCCUUGAUAACAAGAUCUUCAUUGUCGGUGGUGUGUAUGACAUAAGCAAUAAAGUUGUAGACUCUGGCUUCUGCUACGAUGUGGCCUCAGAUAAAUGGACGACAUUUUCAAGCCCACAACAGCUCCGGUAUAAUUGUACCUUGGUGGGACAUGAAGGCUCUCUUUAUGUGCUUGGUGGAGAGUUUGAAAGAUCCACCAUGUCAUCUGUAGAAAAUUAUAAUGUGUCCACAGACACAUGGAGAUUUGCCGCUCAUCUUCCAAGACCUGCAUCUGCUGUAGCUUGUACUAAGACUAUGGGUAGGAUAUUCAUUUGUCUGUGGAAACCAAAAGACACCACUGAGAUCUACGAAUAUGUAGUGGACAGGGAUGAGUGGAGUCUAGUGACCACACUGAUAAGACAUCAAAGUUAUGGGCAUUGUAUGGUGGCACACAGGGACAAUUUGUAUGUGAUGAGGAACGGGCCAUGCGAUGACUUCUUGAGAUGUAUGAUGGACUGUUAUAACCUAACCUCAGGUCAGUGGACAGCCAUGCCAGGACAAUAUGAGAACAGCAAAGGAGCUUUAUUCACAGCAGUUGUGAGAGGUGAUUCUGUUUUUACGGUGAACCGCAGGGCGACAGUGGAGUAUGCCAUAGAGGACAACAAAUGGAGGAUAAAAAAAGAGAUGACAGGAUUUCCAAGAAUUGGCUCCAUGUGGACUUUUCUCCUGAGACUGCCAAAGAAAACCAAAGAGCCACUGGGAAUGGACGAUUUGACAAAUGGCCAAGUUUUUACUGCGUCCUCUCACGUACUUCCAAGCUCUUCUGUAGAAUGCUAUUAUUGACCACACUGUAACCAUUUCAUCAGACUGUACACUUUAGAUAAGUAAUCUAUUUUUUUUUCAAAUAAUAGACUUUCUUUUUUUUCAUAUGCCCUGGUUUAACCAAGGCCUGGUGCUUCCACAAUAUGACUAAAAUUAAUUAUGUCUCCAUGUACUUGAUAUUUGUGUAACUGUCUGUGUGGAGUUUUGCAUGUUCUCCCCAUGCCCUUGUGGUUUUCCUCCGGGUUCUCUGGUUCCUUCCCAUCUCCCAAAACAUGCCGGUAGGUGGUUUGGCUACACUAGAUUGUCCCUGGAUGUGAAUGAGUGUGCGAAUAUGUGUUGUAUUGUGCCCUGUGGUGGACAGGCACCCCAUCCAGGAUAUAUUCCUGCAUUGUGCCUGGUGUUCCCAGGAUAGGCUCCAGAUCCAGGAUAAAGUGAUUACUGAAGAUGAAAGAAUGACAAUGAAUGAAUAAAGCAUUUACAGAUUUAAAUUCAUAUCAAAUGUGUUGUAAUCUCUAAAUGGACAAAUGACAGUAUGACUGAGACUAAAUGGAGACUUUUUUGAUUUGACUACCAAAA